ACGGAAGGCGCUGUUUAGCUGGCAGGAUCAAGAACGCGUCGCGCAGUUCUGUUCGAAUGGCUAAGGCGACUGUGAAGUGGAAGUGAGAAUGGUGGACGCGGCUGUUGGGCGGCGGUGGAUUUUCUACAGCUGGUGUUGGGGCAUCUUUGUCAUCUUGACGUCCGCCACUGAGAGCCGUACAUCUGACGUCACACAGCGGCAUGUCCUCGUGUCCAACAACAUCAGCCUUCCAUGUCUGGUGCCCGUUUCCAGUCUGGGCGAUCUGGGUGAUGUGAGUGUGCUGUGGACGAUCUCUGACACCAAAGGCGUGAGGCUGCUUUAUAACGUCACCGCCGGGACUGGCACAUCCCAUCGAGCUGGCGCACAUGUAUCCCUGGAGAGGCUGAGUUUGGGCGAUGCAUCUCUUGUCAUCCCACAAGUGCAGCUUGGAGAUAAAGGCAUCUAUACUUGUGCAGUAUACAGCGCCUUUUCAAACUUCACGGCACAAGUUGAGCUUUUAGUGUCAGCUCGGCCCACCAUUCAAGUCCAGCCAAGUCAAGCAGAAGUGACCCUCGGCAAUGAGAAAACGUUCAUCUGCAAAGUGGGAGGAUUUGGAUUCUACCCUAAGCAUGUCAAGAUCACAUGGUGGAAGGUCAGCGGCAAUCCAGCAGAAGAGACGGCCGUCACCACAAAUGUCUGCAUUGGGAGCCCGAAUUUAAACAGCGGAGGCUCCUAUGACAUCAGCAGCUUCCUUCUGCUGAAUCCCAGCCUAGAAGACAAUGCGACCUUCUAUAAAUGUGUCGUGCAUCACCCGACGUUCACCGAGCCACUCUCCCAGCAGUCCCAGCUGUUUGUAAAAGAACCUGAAAAGCAAUUCAGUGGCUUCCUGGUGAUUGUGAUUGUGAUGCUAGCGGCAUUUCUGAUUAUCCUGCUUGUCUAUCUGCUAUUAUUUAAAAGAGUGCCACCUCGAGUGACAGAGCUAAGUCUGAAGGGCCCACUGAAGCACAAAGAGAAAUCCACUUUCCAGUGCCUGGUAUCUGACUUCCAUCCUAAACAUAUUGCCAUAAAGCUGUUCCUCCAACGGAAAGAUCAGGAGAAGCACAUGAUUCUCAACUGGAAUAACAGGAGGCCUUUCAACAAGUCUGCCUUUAAAGAAUUCCUCCAAGAGGUUUGCUUUUCCAAUCCGAAAAACCAGGAUGAAUGCUGCAUUCCCAUAAACUCUGUGCCAGACGUCAGAGACCUGUGCCACUCGUUUUCAGCGGAGAUCAGCAAGGAGGGGCAGGAUGACGGUACUCUGAUGCUGCAGGUAUCUGCGUUUCCAGAUAUUAGCACUGACCAGGAUGUCAAGCUCUUGCUGGAUAUCGAGCAUCCUGCACUGCGAAACCCACUUCAGAAGAACUUCACCCUGCAUAUUGUUGGAGAGAAGCCCAGACUGAAUGAAAUUUUGGCUCCACCCAUUGUGUGUCACGGCGACCUUGUGGCUCUGACCUGCCCAGUAUCGGGGUUUAAGCCCCGACCUUUGAGCAUCACGUGGUUUAAACGGGACAGGAAUGGAGAGAUGUGGAGGGUUGGGGGCACAGACGAGCACCUGGGUGCAGAAAAUGGCACAAUACUUGUAAAACAGAGUGUCAGCUGCUGGCAUAGUAUCAGCGAGGGGCAGUGCAGCGAAGACUUCACGUACAACAUCAUGAGCAUCCUGACGUUUGUGCCCUCAUUACAAGAAGAUCUCGAGUCCACGUACAUCUGCGAAGUAUACCACCAUGCCACCCAGUCCACGCAGAGGCGCAGCAAAGUUUUACACGUGAAAGCCUCACCUCAGUUGGACAACAUUCAGCUAAUGCAGGAAAACCCACAGGCCGAUGUCCCCAUGACUCUGCAGUGCCGAAUUCACUCGUACUUCCCACAAGACACCCUUGAGGUGGUUUGGUAUGUCGACGGGAAAGAAGUGAAAGCUGGCGUGACUGUUAGCGACACCGGACAGGCAGAUAACAGUCUGUACCACUGCACGAGCCUCAUCAAGCUGACGCCAACCUGGAAAGAUGUGGGCAAGCAGUUCAAAUGCGAAGUCCGGCACGAUGGUCUGGCACAGUCCACGUUCAAGGAAUGGACUUUGACCAAGCUGACUUCAUUGCCAAAAGUUGACAAAAUAAUUUGUGAGCCUAAAGUGCCAGUGUUUGGUCAACCGGUGACGAUGUCCUGCACCAUAAGGGACUUCUACCCCAAGGAUUGCUCUGUGGUGUGGGUCAAAGGUUUUGAAAUAAUGAGUGACGGGACGGAGACCGAGGAGCCAGAGGCAGACAAAGAAACAAAACUUUACAGGUGCAAGACCAGACACACCUUCAUCCCCACCCGUGACGACCUUGGCUGUGAGUUAACUGUGGAGAUGAUACAUCAGGGAAUUACACUGCGGCCGCCCAAAGAUUUGUCUCUCAUGCUUACUGAAGGGGAUGUGCAUUGCGGAAGAUGAGCCCAUCUGAAGAUGGCUUCUCGAUGAGAUGCGUGAGUACAAAGAUGGGAUGAGUGGCGGCCUGCUGCACUUCGCUUCCGAGCAGUUGAGGACGUGUUGGUCGGCGCCAAGCAGAGACUUGUUUUUCUGACAGCUUAGUCCAUCUCACUGGCUUCUGGGUGGAUUUCUUGUUAAAAGUCGGAUUUUAAAAAUAAUGGCAACAUUUUCGACUGUAACUACACUGGGGUCAGGAUCUUGACGCUGGACUUUCUGCUGGGUGACUUCCAUGCAUUGGUGAAAAGACCGCUGAUUACUGACUGCGUCUUUAAAACACAACCUGAACUCCGAGGAGCCGUCGAGCCCGUCUCAGUCUGGUGUUCAGGUUUGUCUUUGUGUUGAUGGAAUGAUUUUUCUCCCAGAUUUUCUAUUUCUAUGCUGAUCAACUGUGAUUAAAAUAUCUAAACACAAUAUAUCAAUUUAUAUAUAUUGUACAGACAUUUUAUUGUUUGAAAAUAAGAUCUGGAAUUGCUUUGUCAAGGCCUGUUGAGGACAUUUGAACCUUUCUAGCUGUAACCCACACACUUUACGAUACAAACCAUUAAGACCCACCCAACCCACUUCAAAGACCCUACUAGUGUCGUUUCUGCGAGGCGUUCAUCUCAAUAUGAGGGAAAAAUUCUGAAAAAAAAAAAAAUUGAAUCAAGAGUCUCAAAACUCUUUAAGCACAGGCCUGCAAGAGCUCCAUGGGUUCAGGCCACUCCAUGAAAUACCCACAAGAGAGUGGAAACUGGUGGCACAGCGGUUAGGGCAUUGGACUUCAAACCCUGCUGUUGUGGUUUCAAAUCCCAACACUGACACUGUGUGACCUUGAGCAAGUCACUUCACCUGCCUGUGCUCCAAUCGGAAAACCAAAAGAAAUUAAACCAAUUGCAUCUUAAAUUUUGUAAGUCGCUUUGGAUAAAAACGUUGGUCAAGUAAAUAAAUGUAAAUGAUCCGCUAUACCGGAUAUUAUUUGUCUGGCACUUUGGAUUUUUCUGGUAUGCUGAUAUUUAGUGUGAAUAAGCUUAAAGGUAAAAACCCAUCCCAUCACCAAAUGUGCAAAACCAAACAAGAAAUUUGAUUUUUCUUUUAGUUUACUUGUGCCUUUAAGUUAAAGCCUUCGUGCCUGAACUUGUAUGUGAACCCAUCUUGUAAGAGUAUUACCCAGAGUGCUGUGCGGUUCAGCCUGAUCGACAGGUUGAUGCUUGCACUGUGAGUUUGACAAUGGCGGUGUGCUCAAGUCCAGUGAUUUGAAACGGGGAGAGAGGAUGAUGAUGAUGGUGUAAGCAAGUCAGAAAGAGGCUGCACUUUUAUUGAUACCAGCAGAGUAGCAGAGCGUUAACAAGUGUUGUGAAAGACAAUAAAUCUGUACUGUAUUUUUCAGAAAAUUUCAGUUUCAAAACUUUAUAUAAAUUCAUUAUAUCAACAUUUAUGAAAGACUUAGAGUUUUCAGUUGUGCCACUUUUGGCCCACUGCUAAGUGCCAAGGAUUGGAUGUGAAGAGGCUUAGCUCUUUACAUGGCCCAAGAAUGCGUCUCCUGACACCCCAGUCACUUCAGGUCUGACGUUUUAGAUGACAUAUUUAGAGUUAUCAAGGCCAGCUAUCAGUUCAGGCUACAAAAAGGACAUAGCAGCGCUAGAAAAGGUCCAGAGAAGAGCGACUAGGCUGACUCCAGGGCUACAGGAGUUGAAUUAUGAGUGUUCAGAAGCCAUUAAGAAGGUUAACAGAAUGUCAGGUUAUAUAGCGCCUUGAUGUAUGAAGUCACAGGAGGUUCUGCUCAAGCUUUAUAACACACUGGUGAGGCCUCAUCUGGAGUCCUGGGUGCAGUUUUGACAAAAACGACAUAGCAACACUAGAAAGGGUCCAGAGAAGAGCGACUGGGCUGAUUUAGGGCUACAGGGGAUGAGUUGGGAGGAAAGAUUCAAAGAGUUGAAAUUAACACUUGCAUUAAGUUUAGGUCUUAUUAAGUCUGAAUACACAAUGGGAGGUCUGAAAAUCGAAAGUACAUAUUAUGAGAAGGAUUUAGGAGUCAUAGUGGACUCAACACUAUCAUCUACCAGACAGUGUUCAGAAGCCAUUAAGAAGCAUAACAACAUGUCAGGUUAUAUAGCGCCUUGACGUGUGGAGCACAAGUCCCAGAAGGUUCUGCUCAAGCUUUAUAACACACUGGUGAGGCCUCAUCUGGAGUCCUGUGUGCAGUUUUGGUCUCCAGGCUACAAAAAGGACAUAGCAGCACUAGAGAAGGUCCAGAGAAGAGCGACUAGGCUGAUUCCAGGGCUACAGAGGGUGAGUUAUGAGGAAAGAUAAAAAGAGCUGAGCCUUUACAGUUUAAGCAAAAGAAGAUUAAGAGGUGACAUGAUUGAAGUGUUUAAAAUUAUGAAGGGAAUUAGUGCAGUGGAUCGAGACGGUGACUUUAAAAUGAGUUCAUCAAGAACACGGGGACACAGUUGGAAACUUGUGAAGGGGAAAUUUCGCACAAACAUUAGGAAGUUUUUCUUUACACAAAGAAUGACAGACACUUGGAAUAAGCGACCAAGUAGUGUGGUAGACAGUAAGACUUUAAGGACUUUCAAAACUUGACUUGAUGUUUUUUUGGAAGAAAUAAGUGGACAGGACUGGCGAGCUUUGGUGGGCUGAACAGCCUGUUCUCGUCUAGAGUGUUGUAAUGUCACAGGGUGGUCUCUAGAGAGUUACGUCCACUGUGUCUGAAUGUGGACUUGUAUGUGGCCUGUUUGUGUAAUAAGUGAGCCUGUAAAUUGUGUGCCACAGAACUGACAACACGGUUUUGUUUCCACUUAUUAUUAUUCUGACAGUUCCCGCCACUCUUGAGGGACAAUUCAGUCACUGCAUGUGAUCACAGGGAAGAAUAUUGAGAAGGCCUGGUUUAAAGUGACCAGGUCCUCUUUGAUGGUCGUGUUUCCCAUGGUGACCAUAGAGAAAAGCCAAGCAAAAUGACCCCUUUUAUUGGCUAACUAAAAAGAUUACAAUAUGCAAGCUUUCGAGGCAACUCAGACCUCUUCUUCAGGUGAGAUGUAAUCAAUUAUAUCAAUGUACAGUAAUAGAUUAUAUCUCUGCCUGAAGAAGGGGCCUGAGUUGCCUCGAAAGCUUGCAUAUUGUAAUCUUUUUAGUUAGCCAAUAAAAGAGGUCAUUUUGCUUGGCUUUUCUCUACAUUCAUAAUGGCUAACACGGUACAACACCCUAGUACCAUGGUGACCAUUAAAGCUUAAGGGUCUCUCUGUAAUCAGGUGGAAGAUGAAGGCAUCAAAAUCCACAAUUCAUUAGAGGACCCUCUUCGUAAUGUUCAUCCAAGAUGGCACUGCCCACAGCAUUGGCACAGGUUAGGGAGGGAGAAGCCAGGCUGUGGUGUGAUUUACGUCUUAUAGAUAAGACAGGAGGACCACAAGUCCUAACAAAAUGAGAUUAGCUUCAAGAAAUACUCCAUGCAGAAGUAAUCAUUUUAUUAUCUUCUCCUUAACCCUUGUUGUUUGUAGCGAUGGUCAAAGGAAAUUUUUAAUUUCAGGUUUUCAUGGAGAAUAGAAAUGACAAAAUUUCAACGAGCUUCAAUGGAGACCCACCUUGAACACAAGGCCAGAAAUGGGACAAUCUGAAACAACUUGGGUUCACGUAAUCCAAAUGUCUGUUAACAA